AUGCAAGUCUUUAAAUGCCACUAUAGGGCGGUCAAAUGGCCGUCUGGGCAGUAUUUUGACUAUAUCAGAGACAUUUUGAAUUCUGCAGCUCAGGGAGAAGGAGGAUUCCGCUGUGUGCCUCCACCCUGCCCUGCCCCUACUACACCAGGAAGUGAAGCACAGGACCAUGAACAGACUCGGUCAAGGGGGAGUCUGCUGUCCCUGCUUCUGAUCCCAGUCACAGCCUGUGUGCUCCUCAUAGUGUGGGCAAUUACAUCUAGAAGAGGAGGCUCCCCAGAGACUGCAGCAUCACAACACAGAGAGGUUUUUGUACCAGCAGUAAUAGGGAUUGUAUCACUGUGGAGGACUUUUGGUAGCGGCACCAGACUUGAUGUUGGAAGUAACAGUUCCCCCACCCUCACCGUCCUGCCCCCCUCUAGUGAGGAGCUGUCCAGUACAACAACAGCCACACUGACGUGUCUGGCCAACAAGGGCUUCCCCUCAGACUGGACCAUGAGCUGGAAAGUGGACGGGACCAGCAAGAAGCAGGAGGCCAGUCCCGGGGUCCUGGAGAAGGACGGCCUGUACAGCUGGAGCAGCACACUGACUCUCACUGCCCAGGAGUGGACCAAGGCAGGAGAGGUGACCUGUGAAGCCCAGCAGAAAUCCCAGACUCCAGUCACCAAGACCCUGAGGAGGGCUGACUGUUCUGGGUAGGACCCCUCAGUCACACAGCCCUGUGGAGAGAGGAUGCUGGUUCCUCUGCUUUGACUU